AUGUCGGAAAACGGCGACGUUUCAUCCAGGAAACCGGCGUCCAGACUCCGGUGGGACGUGUUUCUGAACUUCAGAGGUGAAGACACUCGCGAUACUUUCACUGACCAGCUCUACAAAGCGCUAUAUCGAAAAGACGUCCGAGUCUUCCGCGACAACGACGGGUUGAAACAGGGCGACUCGCUCACUCCAACGCUUCUCAACGCGAUCGAAGACUCGGCGGCUUCGAUCGCCAUCAUCUCCCCCAGCUACGCUUCCUCCAGGUGGUGCCUCGAAGAACUCGCUACGAUCUGCGAGUUUAAACGACUCGUUCUUCCCGUUUUCUACCGAGUCGACCCGAGCGAUGUUCGGAGACAGAAAGGACCGUUCGAAGAGGAUUUUCAAACACUGGAGAGAAGGUUUGGAGUGGAAAAGGUGUUGAGAUGGAGAAAUGCUAUGGCAGAAGUCGGUGGAAUUUCCGGUUGGGUUUUCCGCACCGGCUGUGAUGAGCCUCAGUUGAUUGAACAAUUGGUGAAAAGGGUUUUGGUUAAUACUCCCGUAGUUGUGGCUCCUACU